AUGGCAAACAUUGUAGGAUGUGAUGACCAAAUUGCAUCCUCCGCCUGCAAGAGGGGGUUGCCAAUUGAAUGUGAGCUGUAUCGCGAGCUGACCAUCUCUCCUCGCCAAACAUUAAUAGAAGUCUUUGCUACAGCAGAGCGCUACGCACUAUGGGACGACGACCAGAUUACCGCGAAGAAGGCUGAUCAAGCCGCUAAGCAGGUAAGCAAAGAGAACGGCAAGCACAGAUCACAGCCUCAGGAAGGUGCUCCAGCAACAGAGAGCUACAUCAAGUUCACUAUCCCGAUACACCAGAUCCUAGUACAAGUAAAUGACAUGCCUUGGUUGAAGAAACCAUCACCUUUAAAGGGAAACCUAACCAAGAAGUAUACCAGUAGAUACUGCACAUUCCAUGAAGGGUAUGGUCAUUAUACAAACGACUGCUUCGCCUGGAAAAGGUACCUUGAAGAUCUAGUCAAAGACGGCCAUUGCACGAAAUUCAUCUCAAAGGGGGCUAUUCAACAAAUCAAGGAUUGUGACGCAACUAACAAUGAGCCUCCACGAAAAAAGCCAUAUGGAUCAACACGAUCCUAG